AUGCCAGACGAAAGAAAGAUCCCGGCAUGCAAAGAAUGCCGCGAGAAAAAACUGCGAUGCGUCUUUGAAAAAGACGAUUGUUGUGUCAGAUGUACAAGGCUGGGAAAACAGUGUCUAAUCCCCGAAGCCAAGCGCAGAGAACGCAAGGCCCGAUUACGUGGGCGAGUCGAACAUCUCGAAAGCACCUACUCCGAGAUACUGGCCUUACUGCGACGGAAUGGAAACACCGAGUCCUCUCCGGCCGCUACCGCCAGUUCGCAGCAGCAUCCUCCGUCGGCGUUGCAGAGUCCAUUGCAAAGGACGAGCUUCUUGUCGGGGUCGGGAGGUCCUCAAUCGAGCCUACCGGCCGUCAUCGGCUCUGACAUGCUGAGCCUGGAUGAAUGUGACGCCCUGCUCAACACUUACCGAGAGAUGUCUCGAAGCGUCCACCCGUUCGUGCUUCUUCCUCAAUCUUGUCGUGCCGCACCACUCAUUGAGGAACGCCCAAUGCUGGCACAGGCCAUCUUCAUCGUCACAUCCUGGCAGAAUCCUGCUCGUCAAGCCGCUCUUCGCUCCAUCUUUCUCAGAGAUCUUAGCGAAAAGUAUUUCAUGAGGUCUGAGAGGUCCUUUGAUCUCUUACAGGCCCUGAUAGUGUAUUUUGGAUGGUGUCACUUCUAUACCCACAGUUUCCCGUCAGGAGCUUUCAGGAUGGCCUCUACCCUGGUGACCAUGGCCAUGGAACUCGGCAUCACCCAAAGCCCGCUCACCGUCACUCAACACGAGGUUCUAAUGAACUCUAACUCAAUCUACCCACAGAGCAAUGAAGGCACACCUUCGAAAUUCUGGAAUUUCGAGGCGCGGAGAGCGUUUAUUGCCACCUUCAUUAUUUCAACUUUUUGUUGCUUUACAUUCCGCAAAAGCAAUCUUCUACCACAGACUCCAUACCUGCAUGAAUGUGCAAAGUCACUGGCUGCAGACCCUCAAUACCCCUCCGAUAUGCUGCUAGCACCCUGGAUCAAGACCAUGGCUCUAGCAGAACAGGUCACCCAGACAUUUGAUCAUGGUUCACGAGAGCGUGUGGGUGAACUCAAUGACGAAAGGACCCAGCUUCUAGUAACAACCCUGUCGAAACAAGUCGAAGAGCUGAGAGCAAAUCUCCCUCCCAAAAGCCCGGAUACAGCCAUUAUGUAUAACCAAUGCCAAUGCAUCAUCGCCUUCAUCCACGAAGUAGGCCUGUACGGACUGAGCCUGGGGAAAACACCCUCCGUCACCCGCAUCGCACUCAUCUACGAAUGCCACACGGCGUCGAUGAAAGUCUUGUCGGAGAACGUCGAACUGUCCCUCGAAGAAAUGAGUCAAUGGGGCGUCAUGGAAUGGCGCCAACUCAACCUGUGCGUAAUGCUCAGCGCCAGGUCUUCCAUCAUCUUGGACUCGACGUGUUACACGGUCGAGUCGUCCCACAGAGCCACGUGGCUACAGAAAUGUCUAGACACGCUCUGUCAGCGGAUCAACGAGCUUCACUUGAUGUCCGUCGGAGGGUCGUCUUCACAGGCGCAAAAACAAGAUCACUUUUUCAAGCGUAUAGCAACCGACUGGACGAAUAUCAAGACGUGUUAUCAGAAUUGUGUACAGAGAAAUCAAAUUCACCAGCAGCAGCAGCAACAACAACAACAAACUCCGAUGACGACUGUUCAACAACGACUACCGCUGCCGCCGCCGCCGCCGCCGCUGCCGCCGCAGCAGCAGCAGCCACAAGCACCAUUUGUAUUUCCGUCGGCUGAGUUUCCUUUUGACUUUGACGUUUUUAACGAUACAUAUUGGUAUGGGAUGGGUGAGGGAGAUGUGGCGGGUCUCAAUAUAGCUAGUGGUUGGGGGAUGGUAUGA